CCUUCAUUCUAUCUCUCUCUCUCUAUCUCUCUAGAGUAACCACUGUGUGGAUAUUUUGCAGCCUUUCACUGUUAUUUUAAUGGCGUAAACGACGAAACGAUUAUACGUUUUCUUCUUUAUAAGAGAGAUUUAUAACAAUAAUGAAGAUGGAUGAGUUUCGUGAAGCUUCUUCGGUCUCUUCGUCUCCUUCGACUCCACUACGAACACCCUUACAUUCUCCAAACCUCUUUAAUGGAGAUUUCUCCGUUAGCAACAGAUUCUCUUUCAAGUCUUCAUCAGACUAUUCUUUAUCAAGUUCCUUCUCUAAUGGACUCUGUUCUCCUGAAGAUAGUUCUUCUCCGUUUUCUUCUCCUCCGUUUAACGGGAUCAUUCCUAAGCACAAUCACACUUCAUCAUCACCUGUCUCUUUUGAUUCAUUGUUUUUCAAGGAUCAUGAAAAGAGUCAUGUUAAUGGUACUGAUGAUUUAGGUUUGUGUGAAGAUCUCUAUCGUAUGAAUAUCAAGGAGGAUGUUGAAGAAGAUCAAAUACGUUACGCACGAACCGAGACUCUUAAAGAUCCUCUUCCUAAGUCUGAUCACACUGACUUCACUCCAGAUCCACUCUACAACUUUUCACCUAAACACUAUGAACCUAGCAAUGGUGGAUUUGUCUCUGGAGGCUUUCCAUAUGGAUUCUUUCGUCCACCAAAGGAGUCUAGUAUUAACCAGUCAUGUGCCUCGUGGUCUGGAUUCGAUCAAAGCAAAAAUGACGACAAGAGAAACAUGUUUGGGAACAAUCCUCAACAAUUUGGAUGGCCUAGCUACUCAAGCAGUAAUAGUGGUACUAGUCCUUACAACAAUGGUCAGGAGAUUUUCGAAAAUCGAGGCGGAAUGAGAGAGUACUCAGCUUACUCGCCCCCACAUCAACCCGAAGUUUCUUAUAAGCAUCAAAAUUACAGAACAACAACAUCAGACAUAUUACCAUUGUUCUGCCAACGAACUCAAGUCCCUAUGGUUUCAAAAUGCUCUGAGCCAUUUAGCUCUGAUGAGAGUUUCUUCAUGAAUGGUAAAAGCAUUGAUCAUCAGAGAAGCAAUACUCGAGCAUUGAUGUCUAAUAAUGGAAAUCCUACGGAGAUAUGUCAUCCAAGUCUGCCUAACAUGUGUGACAUUCAAGGAUAUGUUUACUUAAUGGCUAAAGAUCAACACGGAUGUCGAUUCUUGCAGAGGAUUUUCGAUGAAGGAACUUCUGUUGACGCGAUGAUUAUAUUCAAUGAAGUUAUUGCUCAUGUUGUUGAGCUUAUGAUGGAUCCUUUUGGGAAUUACCUGAUGCAGAAACUCUUAGAUGUUUGUACUGAAGAACAGAGGACACAGAUCGUGCUCGUGGCAACUGAGGAGCCUGGUCAACUUAUCCGGAUAUCUCUCAAUGCAUACGGUACUCGAGUUGUCCAAAGAUUAGUGGAAACAAUCAGAAGCGGAAAACAGAUUUCUCUGGUGAAAUUGGCUUUGAGACCCGGUUUUCUUGAUUUGAUCAAAGAUUUAAAUGGAAACCAUGUGAUUCAACGUUGCUUGCAAUGCCUUAGCACUGAAGAUAACAAGUUUAUCUUUGACGCGGCGACAAAGUUCUGCACUGAAAUCGCAACACAUCGACAUGGAUGUUGUGUGCUACAAAAAUGCAUUGCUUAUUCAAUGAGACAACAACGAGAGAAACUGAUCGCUGAGAUCUCUAGAAACAGUCUCCUUCUUGCUCAAGACCCCUUUGGGAACUACGCAGUCCAAUUUGUUAUAGAACUAAGGAUUCCUUCUGCGGUGGCGAUGAUGCUGGCUCAAUUAAAAGGGCAUUACGUUCAGCUUUCGAUGCAGAAAUUCAGUAGCCACAUGGUGGAACGAUGUCUCAUGCAUUGUCCAGAGAGUCGUCCACAAAUCGUGCGUGAGCUCGUCUCUGUUCCUCACUUUGAUCAGCUUCUUCAAGACCCUUACGCAAAUUUCGUCAUCCAAGCCGCUCUUGCUGCCACAAAGGGUCCACUUCAUGCUUCACUAGUGGAAGUCAUAAGGCCACAUUCGAUUCUACGUAAUAAUCCUUAUUGCAAGAGGAUUUUCUCGAGGAAUCUAUUGAAGAAGUGAAGGAUAAUGAUGAUAAUGAGUCUGUAACUUUGAUGUUGUUGUGUUUCUUUUUCUUCUCUCAAGUUUCUUCUGUGUUUUCUCGUAUGUUCUUAUGAAUAAUCUCUGGACAAUGGUCUAGAUCCAGAGACAAAGACCUUAGUGUUUGAUUCUUCUGUAUUGUUCUCUGUUGUUUCUUUUGUUGUUGUUGUUUUUUUUUCUCACCUUAUGUUGUUUGGGUUUCGGGAAUGGAAUUUCUGUUGUAAAAAAUCGGGUUUUAAACCCGGUUUUGUCUUUGAAUAAAAGUCUUCUUUAGUUCUUCUU